GCCGAAUUCAUCACUUCACUUCAAUGUUGCAUCCUUUGCAUAUUGAACAGUGUCUUCUCACAGAUCGUAACAUGUCUCCUACUUGACUGAAGGCUGAUACCUCAGUGAAUUAUCGCAUUUGUUGCUGUCCUUACCAUUGAACAAUGGACGACAAGUCAAUAUCCUUUUUCGACGUCACCAGAUCUUCUGUCAGCUUCUACAUGUUCUUGAUUUCGUUGCAGUCUACUUUGAUUGUUUCAGCAUGUAACAAUCUUGCGUCUCUGGCGAUCUCCCCUCAGCUAUACAUAAUAUGUAAACGACUUUGUGCUUUAUUUGCGCGACAAAGCUCGAGACAGUCUACGGUCACUUGACGAGUAGUCAUGUUCAAUCAUGAUAUGAUUAACUGCGAGCAACUUUCCUACUAUUUCUAAAACCUCUGAGAUCUUUUCAGCACCGCCUCCUAUGUUUUCGUCACUUUGGUUCCUUGAGCGACGGCACAAUAUGCCUUGGUGACUACUUAAUAUGUAGCGUAAGCUCAGGAUCGAACUGGGUAAAACGACUUUUUCAGCUUGAACUUGAGUUGUGUGAUUCUAUGAGUAAGCUUAGAGGCGAAGCACUCCGAUCAGCUGUGCAUCGUAGAGG